AUGGCUUCGAGUGGAUGGAGAACCUUUUUAUUUUUGUUCAUAAUCAACACUACAAAAGUUCAACCUCACUCUUUCGAUUACCCAAACUUCAAUUCAUCUUAUGCAAAGCAACUAAAGUUGGAAGGUAAUGCUUCCACCUCAGGUUCUGCUAUCCAACUCACAGUGAACGCAACGGAUCCAAAGAACAACGGAUCUGGGACAGUAGGAAGAGUGACAUAUCCAGAGGAGAUAAAUCUUUGGGACAAGAGUUCAAAUGAACUAAAAGACUUCAUUACCAACUUUUCCUUUGUUGUUUCCUCAAAUCAGAGUACCUAUGGAGAUGGUUUGGCAUUCUUCCUUGCAAGCCCAAAUCUUCCAUCCACAGACGAUGAAAACCUAAGAGGGGGAGGCCUUGGUAUAGGGCUUGUUGCUGGCACAGAAAAUCUCAUUGAGGCUGAUUAUCAAUUUGUGGCAGUGGAGUUUGACACCUACUCAGACAACUGGGACCCAGAUGGCGCUCAUGUAGGUGUAAAUAUCAAUGCUAUGAAGUCUGAUAUAUUCGAGACAUGGUGGCCAAAUAUCACUCAAGGAGAAGUAUGUAACUGUAGUAUUGUAUACAAUUCUAGAAGGAAUAUUUUGGAGGUCUCUUUCACGGGAUCCAAGUUAGGUGCUGGGAAUGAAACUACUCAGCAACUUUCAUACCACGUUAAUAUCAGAGAUCAAUUACCAAAGUCAGUUAUCGUUGGCAUAUCAGCUGCGACAGGAGGAUAUGCUGAGGAACAUACCUUGCUCUCAUGGUCAUUUAGCACAAGUACAAGCCCCCCACCAAGUGUGGUUAAUUCAACGAAGAAAUGCAAGUUAAUUAGUUCAAUAAUGUUGGAGGGAAUUGUAAUUGGUACAGUUUUGUUUUUUAUUCUGUUAGGGUUGGUGUAUAUUUUGUUAAGAAGGAUGAACAAAGGAAAAGAAAAGCGCACUUCUCAUCUGAAGAUGGAUGAUGACUUCCACGAGAGAACUACAGAGAUCAGCUAUCAUGAAUUGGCCGCUGCAACCAACAACUUUAAAGAGACACAUAAACUAGGCCAAGGUAGCUUGGGCUGUGUUUAUAAAGGCUAUUUCGAAUACUUGAACUCAUAUGUUGCGAUAAAGAAGAUAUCAGCAGGUUCACCACAGGGUUUGAAGGAAUAUGCAGCAGAAGUGACGAUCGUUAGCCAAUUGAGGCACAGGAAUUUGAUGAAACUCACCGGUUGGUGCCACAAGAAGAAUGAUCUCUUCUUAAUAUACGAGUACAUGCCAAAUGGCAGCUUGGAUUCUUGUCUUUUUGGUGGAGAGAAGUUCUUGUCAUGGAAAAUGAGGUACAAUAUAGCUCUUGGCUUGGCAUCAGCAUUGCUUUACCUUCAGGAAGAAUGGGAGAAAUGUGUGCUUCACAGGGACAUCAAAUCAAGCAACAUAUUGCUGGACUCCAACUUCAACCCUAAGCUUGGGGACUUUAGCCAGGCAAGGCUGGUGGAUCAUGAUAAAGGGUCAGAAACGACGGAUGUUGCUGGGACCAUGGGUUACAUAGCUCCUGAAUGUAUGAACACAGGCCAGGCUCGAAAGGAAUCUGAUAUAUUCAGUUUUGGAAUUGUUGUGUUGGAGAUAGCCACUGGAAGAAAAGCCGUUCAACGUGAAGACAUGGAGGGUGAAGUAUCGGUUGUUGAGUGGGUAUGGGGGCUGUAUGGAUUGAGGAAUCUCCUUGCAGCAGUAGAUCCAAAGCUGCACGGGGAAUUUGAUGUGCAGCAAAUGGAAUGCUUAGUGGUUGUUGGUCUUUGGUGUGCUAAUCCAGAUUUUGAAUGCAGACCAACCAUAAGGCAAGUGAUGAAGGUGCUUAAGUUUGAAGCUUCUUUGCCAAUUCUCUCACAGCAGAUCCCAUGCAAGCCUCUUUCUGUCCAAUAA